AUGGAAAUUGACCAGUGUUUGCUGGAGUCCUUGCCCCUGGGCCAGCGGCAGCGUCUGGUGAAGCGCAUGCGCGGCGAGCAAAUCAAGGCCUACUAUGAGCGCGAGAAGGCCUUGCAGAAGCAGGAAGGCCUGCUGAGGAGACCGAGGCACGGGCGGACCCAGAAAGUCCACUUUGGCCUGGCCGAUGUGAUUCAGGAUGCCAUCAUCCACCACAACGACAAGGAAGUUCUCCGGCUGCUGAAGGAAGGUGCGGAUCCACACGCUGUGGGCUUCUCAGGAGGGUCCCUCCUCCACCUGUGUGCUCGUUAUGACAAUGCCUUCAUCGCAGAGAUCCUGAUUGAGAAGGGGGUCAAUGUCAACCACCAGGAUGAAGACUUUUGGACGCCGAUGCACAUUGCCUGUGCAUGUGAUAACCCAGACAUUGUGCUGCUGCUUCUAUUGUCUGGGGCCGAUGUUCUUCUCCAGGAUGUCAACGGAAACAUCCCCCUAGAUUACGCUCUCGAAGGGACAGAAUCCAGCUCUAUCCUGUUGACCUAUCUGGAUGAAAAUGGAGUAGAUCUGACUUCACUGCGCCAGAUGAAGCUUCAGAGACCACUGAAUAUGUUAACAGAUGUCAAACACUUCCUGUCAUCAGGAGGGAAUGUUAAUGAGAAAAAUGAUGAGGGAGUGACACUGCUCCACAUGGCAUGUACAAGCGGCUACCAGGAAGUGGUGUCCCUUAUUCUGGAACAUGGAGGUGACCUCAACACAGCAGACAAUCAGUACUGGACCCCUUUGCACUUGGCAGCCAAGUACGGCCAGACACACCUAGUGAAACUGCUCCUGCUGCACCAUGCCAACCCCUGCCUCGUGAACUGUAAUGAGGAGAAGCCUUCAGACAUUGCUGCCUCUGCGUUUAUUGAGAAGAUGCUUCUGAAAGCUGAAAUGGCCUGGGAGGGAAAAAUGCAAGAACCACUCCCUCAGGGAUCUCUGCCUGGCCCAAUCUUCACAGAAGAGGAGGCCUUCGAGGAGGAGGGACAGGAGGUUCCAGCCCUCUCUAGUAAGCUCAAUCCCCUGGUGCUACCAAUCGCCAAGCAAGACAGCUUGUUGGAAAAAGACACGAUGUUCAAAGACACCGCCAAAGGUGCGUGCAAGCAGCAGACAGAGGACAGCAGCCCCGAGCACUCCUGCUUGAACAGUUCCAACAGACCUGAGCAGGUGCAGCUCAUGCCUCCCGCUCCAAACGAUGACCUAGCCACGCUCAGCCAGCUCACUGACAGCAGCCUGCUCUACGAGAUCCAGAAGCGCUUUGCGAACAAUCAGGUCUACACUUUUGUUGGGGAUGUCCUCUUGCUUGUGAACCCAUUCAAGGACCUCCCGAUUUAUUCUACCAUGGUCUCGCAGCUGUACCUGAGCCGCUCCGGGACGCGGAGCCCCUCCCUACCUCCCCACCUCUUCUCGUGCGCAGAGCGGGCCUUCCAUCACCUGUUCGAGGAGCAGCGGCCCCAGUGCUUCAUCCUCAGUGGCGAGCGGGGGUCUGGGAAGUCUGAAGCCAGCAAGCAGAUCCUGAAGCAUCUGACCUGUAGGACCGGCAGCAGCAGGGCGAUGUUCCACUCCAGGUUUAAACAUGCCAUGUGCAUCUUGGAAGCCUUUGGACAUGCCAAGACGCCCCUUAAUGAUCUGUCCAGCUGCUUUGUAAAGUACUGGGAAGUGCAGUUCUGUGAGCAGAACCGGCACGUGACUGGAGCCAGAAUUUAUACCUAUAUGCUAGAGAAGUCCAGGCUUGUGUCUCAACCAGUUGGCCAGAGCAAUUUCCUGAUUUUCUACUUGUUGAUGGAUGGGUUAUCUGCUGAAGAAAAAUACAGACUUCACCUUAAUAAAUUGUCUGCCCAUCGGUAUCUGCGCCAAACCACAGGGGAAGAGGUGUCCACCCCAGAGCAUUCCGUGAACAGGGAGAAACUCACACUUUUGAAACAAGCGCUGAAUGUGAUUGGCUUCAGCAGCUUGGAGGUGGAGAACCUGUUCAUGAUUCUUGCCGCAGUCUUGCACCUUGGAGACAUCCGGUUCACGACUCUGACCAACACAGAUGCUGCCUUUGUCUCUGACCUCCAGCUUCUGGAGCAAGUGGCUGGAAUGCUGCAAGUAUCAACGGAUGACCUGGCAUCUGCCCUGACAACCGAUGUCCAGCAUUUGAAAGGAGACUUGAUUAUGCGGCGACACACCACAGCGAUGGCUGAGUUCUACCGAGAUCUCCUGGCCCAGUCCCUGUACAGCCGUCUGUUCGGCUUUCUCGUAAACAGCAUAAACGGCUGUCUCCAGAGUCCAGACAAUCAUACAAGCACACACACCUUGGAUAUUGGAAUACUGGAUAUCUUUGGUUUUGAAGAAUUCCAAAAGAAUGAAUUUGAACAACUUUGUGUCAACAUGACCAACGAGAAGAUGCACCAUUAUAUCAAUGAAGUGCUUUUCCUACAAGAGCAAACAGAGUGUGUACAAGAGGGAGUUACCAUGGAAACGGCAUAUUCUCCUGGUAACCAGACUGCAGUUCUGGAUUUCUUUUUCCAGAAGCCAUCUGGAUUCCUUGCUGUAUUGGAUGAAGAAAGUCAAGUGAUUGGGUCAGGGGAACCUAACCUUCCAAAGAAGCUGCAGAGUCUCCUGGAGUCCUCGAACACGAAUACGGUCUACUCCCCUGUGAAGGACGGCAAUGGGAACGUGGCCCUACGAGGUCCAGGCACAGCCUUCACGGUCAUGCACUAUGCGGGUCGGGUAAUGUAUGAUGUUGUUGGAGCAAUUGAGAAAAAUAAAGAUUCCCUUUCACAGAAUCUUCUAUUUGUAAUGAAAACUAGUGAAAAUGUCGUGAUCAAUCAUUUGUUCCAGUCAAAACUGUCACACACAGGAGCCCUCAUACCUUCCUACCCUUCCUUUAAAUUCCGAGGACAUAAAUCCACCCUGCUCAGUAGGAAAAUCACAACUGCUUCAAUUAUUGGAGAAAACAGGAACUAUCUAGAACUUAGUAAGUUAUUAAAAAAGAAAGGAACUUCUACAUUCCUCCAAAGACUAGAACGAAGAGACCCAGUCACCAGAGCAUCACAACUCAGGAAGUCGCUGGCUGAGAUCACGGGGAAGCUGCAGCAGGGCGGUCUGCACUUUGUCCACUGCAUCAAGCCCAACAGCUCCCAGCUUCCAGACACCUUUGACCCCUUCUACGUCUCUGCCCAAUUGCAGUACAUCGGGGUUUUGGAGGUGGUGAAGGUCUUCCGCCAUGGGUUCCCUGCCCGCCUGUCUUUCUCCAACUUCCUGGCAAGAUUCGAGCCACUGGCUGCUGUGAUCCUGGGCGAGAAGAAGGAUCUGUGUACUGAGGAGAGAUGUCGGCUCGUUCUCCAUCACUGUAAAUUACAAGGCUGGCAGAUGGGCAUUCACAAAGUGUUCCUGAAGUACUGGCACAUGGACCAGCUCAGUGACCUGUGUCUCCAGCUACAGCAAAGAAUCAUAACCUGCCAGAAAGUCAUAAGAGGUUUUCUAGCACGCCAGCAUGUGCUUCAGAAAAUGAGCGUUAAGCGGCACGAGAUCACGUCCAUCAAGAACUUCCUGGAGGACACGGAGGACAUGGCGCUGAGAACCUACGACGCCCUGGUCAUUCAGAACGCUUCGGACAUCGCCCGGGAAAAUGACCGGCUCAGGAAAGAAAUGCAUGCCCCUUACCACAGAGAGAAGGAAGAGGCCAGGAGCAAGCAAGAAGAGGGUGUGAAAAGAGCUGAAGACCAGAGCGGCUGCCGACACUUCCAGUCCGGCUCCAUCCCCGUGCCUGUGGAGGGCCUGGCCCAGGCCCUGGCUGCUGCUCCAUCCAUCCGCUCUCCAUCCCUGCACUCAGCGUUCAGCCUGGAGGAGGGCAGCAGCCUCCCAUCGCCUCGGAAACAGCCCCCACCCAAGCCAAAGAGAGACCCCAACACCCGGCUGAGCGCCUCCUAUGAGGCAGUGAGCGCCUGCCUCUUCACCAGCAGCGAAGCUCUGACGCGCCGCCGCCCCCACAGCGACGACUACAGCGCGGUGAAGAAGAUCCCCCCUCGGAAGCCCAAGAGAAGCCCCAACACCAAGCUCAGCGGCUCCCACGAGGAGAUCUGGGGCCCGCGGCCCUUGGGCGCGGCGGGCGCGGGCGUGGUGCGCCCGGGGCCUUCGAGCGCCCUGCCGCUGCCGCUGCGCCCGCCGCUGCCGCUGCGUCCUGGGGAGCGCGAUGGCGAGGACGAGGAUGAGGACGCGGAGCCCGUGUACAUCGAGAUGGUGGGGAACGCGGGCGGCGCGGGCGCGGCAGGCAGCCCCGAGCACGAGGCGGUGUAUGAGGAGAUGAAGUUCUUCCCGCCCGAGGAGGCGGGCGGCCCGGGCCUCGGCUCCGGCCCCGCGACGCCCCGGGACCCGGGCGACAUCCCCGCCCCGUUCCCCAACCUGCUGCCCCACCGGCCGCCGCCGCUGGUCUUCCCGCCCGCCCCGGCCGGCGGCUCCCCGGCCUCCGACGAGUCCCCGCUCACGCCGCUGGAGGUGAAGCGCCUGCCGGUGCUGGACACCAACCUCAAGUACCCGGUUAGACCACCUGCCCGUGGCUGGGUUUUACAGCAGGACAGAGAAGACACAGACAAGAUGAACAACCGAUUUAAAGCAGCAUGCCCCGUGAUCGAUCCCUGCAAACACUUCACAGUGAUCUUCAAAAGUUUUGAAACUAACAUGAACCUAACUAGCCGGGAUGAUCCUUCAACAUUAGAGAUUGCUUCAGAGACUCAAGACAGAAACGCAAAUACCAGUGGAAUUCAGUUAUCUAAUUCCCUCUCGAGUGCUGUGACUGCUGAGAAUGGGAAUCCUGUCUCUAACGGUCAGCCUGAUGAUGACAGCUUCCCCCAGCUGUGUGAGAGCCGCCCCACGCCCCCGCCCUUCCAAAGGCACCGGGAGAGUCACACCACACAGGUCAUCCACCACCUGAGGCUCUCAGAGAAUGAAAGUGUAGCCCUGCGGGAGCUCCUGGACUGGAGACGGAAGCUCUGCGAGGAACAGGAAGACUGGCAACAUGUCCUGCAGCAUGCAGAGCCCCGCACGCCCCCACCACCUCCCUGCAGGAAGCCCACGCUUCUCAAGAAGCCUGAGACUGCUUCCUGCAGCAGGCUGCCCUCCGAGCUCUGGGACAGUACCAUCUGA